GUAUUUUUCAACUGGACUGUCACUGCACUUGAACUUGGAAUCUUAUAACUUGAAGAACUGCCCUGGAGAAAGGAAGAAACUUAUAAUAAAUGGGAAAUUAUAAAUCUAGACCAACCCAAACUUGUACUGAUGAAUGGAAGAAAAAAGUCAGUGAAUCAUAUGUUAUCACAACAGAAAGAUUAGAAGAUGACCUGCAGAUCAAGGAAAAAGAACUGACAGAACUAAGGAAUAUAUUUGGCUCUGAUGAAGCCUUCAGUAAAGUCAAUUUAAAUUACCGCACUGAAAAUGGGCUGUCUCUACUUCAUUUAUGUUGCAUUUGUGGAGGCAAGAAAUCACAUAUUCGAACUCUUAUGUUGAAAGGGCUCCGCCCAUCUCGACUGACAAGAAAUGGAUUUACAGCCUUGCAUUUAGCAGUUUACAAGGAUAAUGCAGAAUUGAUCACUUCUCUGCUUCACAGUGGAGCUGAUAUACAGCAGGUUGGAUACGGUGGCCUCACUGCCCUCCAUAUUGCUACAAUAGCUGGCCACCUAGAGGCUGCUGAUGUGCUGUUGCAACAUGGAGCUAAUGUCAAUAUUCAAGAUGCAGUUUUUUUCACUCCAUUGCAUAUUGCAGCGUACUAUGGACAUGAACAGGUAACUCACCUUCUUUUGAAAUUUGGUGCUGAUGUAAAUGUAAGUGGUGAAGUUGGAGAUAGACCCCUCCACCUAGCAUCUGCAAAAGGAUUCUUGAAUAUUGCAAAACUCUUGAUGGAAGAAGGCAGCAAAGCAGAUGUGAAUGCUCAAGAUAAUGAAGACCAUGUCCCACUCCAUUUCUGUUCUCGAUUUGGACACCAUGAUAUAGUUAAGUAUCUGCUGCAAAGUGAUUUGGAAGUUCAACCUCAUGUUGUUAAUAUCUAUGGAGAUACCCCCUUACACCUGGCAUGCUACAAUGGCAAAUUUGAAGUUGCCAAGGAAAUCAUCCAAAUAUCAGGAACAGAAAGUCUGACUAAGGAAAACAUCUUCAGUGAAACAGCUUUUCAUAGUGCUUGUACCUAUGGCAAGAGCGUUGACCUAGUCAAAUUUCUUCUUGAUCAGAAUGUCGUAAACAUCAACCACCAAGGAAGGGAUGGGCACACUGGAUUACACUCUGCUUGCUACCAUGGUCACAUUCGCCUGGUUCAGUUCUUACUGGAUAAUGGAGCUGAUAUGAAUCUAGUGGCUUGUGAUCCCAGCAGGUCUAGUGGUGAAAAAGAUGAGCAGACAUGUUUGAUGUGGGCUUAUGAAAAAGGGCAUGAUGCCAUUGUCACACUCCUGAAGCAUUAUAAGAGACCACAAGAUGAAUUGCCCUGUAAUGAAUAUUCUCAGCCUGGAGGAGAUGGCUCCUAUGUGUCUGUUCCAUCACCCUUGGGGAAGAUUAAAAGCAUGACAAAAGAGAAGGCAGAUAUUCUCCUCCUAAGAGCUGGAUUGCCUUCACAUUUCCAUCUUCAGCUCUCAGAAAUUGAGUUCCAUGAGAUUAUUGGCUCAGGUUCUUUUGGGAAAGUAUAUAAAGGACGAUGCAGAAACAAAAUAGUGGCUAUAAAACGUUAUCGAGCCAAUACCUACUGCUCCAAGUCAGAUGUGGAUAUGUUUUGCCGAGAGGUGUCCAUUCUCUGCCAGCUCAAUCAUCCCUGCGUAAUUCAGUUUGUGGGCGCUUGCUUGAAUGAUCCCAGCCAGUUUGCCAUUGUCACUCAAUACAUAUCAGGGGGUUCUCUGUUCUCCCUCCUUCAUGAGCAGAAGAGGAUUCUUGAUUUGCAGUCUAAAUUAAUUAUUGCAGUAGAUGUUGCCAAAGGCAUGGAGUACCUUCACAACCUGACACAGCCAAUUAUACAUCGUGACUUGAACAGUCACAAUAUUCUUCUCUAUGAGGAUGGGCAUGCUGUGGUGGCAGAUUUUGGAGAAUCAAGAUUUCUACAGUCUCUGGAUGAAGACAACAUGACAAAACAACCUGGGAACCUACGUUGGAUGGCUCCUGAGGUGUUCACGCAGUGCACUCGGUACACCAUCAAAGCAGAUGUCUUCAGCUAUGCUCUGUGUCUGUGGGAAAUUCUCACCGGCGAAAUUCCAUUCGCUCAUCUCAAGCCAGCGGCUGCGGCAGCAGACAUGGCUUACCACCACAUCAGACCUCCCAUUGGCUAUUCCAUUCCCAAGCCCAUAUCAUCUCUGCUGAUACGAGGGUGGAACGCAUGUCCUGAAGGAAGACCCGAGUUUUCUGAAGUUGUCACGAAGUUAGAAGAGUGUCUCUGCAACAUUGAGAUGAUGUCUCCUGCAUCAAGUAACAGCAGUGGGUCUCUCUCACCUUCUUCUUCUUCUGAUUGCCUGGUGAACCGGGGAGGACCUGGCCGGAGUCAUGUGGCAGCAUUAAGAAGUCGUUUCGAAUUGGAAUAUGCUCUAAAUGCAAGGUCCUAUGCUGCUUUGUCCCAAAGUUUGAAACAGCCUUUCUCCAUGAAAAAUGUAAAAGAAAGAACAUCAAGCAAAAUAUUCUGUUCAAAAGAAGAGGUGAUGAAAAUGGAAAAUUAAUAAAAGUGAAGAUAUGAGAAGAGCCCUACGUGUGUAAAAUUGGCACCUUUAAAAAAAUUUAAGUAAGUACCUGGAUUUAUUGUCACACAUAAAAGAUUUGCAUGAAAAGAGUGAGCGAGUGACAUAUUUAGGUUACAACACAUCCACUUGAGAGAGAGAAUGAGAUGCAGCUCUCACCGUGGCUAUUCUGAUGCUGUAAUUUCGUGUUCUUUUCUAUCCGUCAGCGGUGCUUGUUAGCGACCUGAAAUGCACUCCCUCCUAACCCAAAGGGCGAGCCAGAGUGCAUUUCCCUCUUCAAGCGUUUUGUAAUACUAAUUAACUAAUUCCCAGCCACAUGAAGAGAACCUGCGAAGAUUUGCCGGAGGCAAACUGCUAAAUAAAUGGUGACAGAUUUCUCAGUUUUCAAUUAGAUGAAAUGACAUAUUGGGACAACGAAUGGCCUGACUUUCUAGUGAUGAGAGUUCUAUGAGGUUUUCAUUCCUGGAAAUGAAGAGAAAUCCUCUCCAUUCAUACACAAAGCAGGGCCCGGGCCCACUCUUAAGCACAUCAAAGCACACAGAUCCCGCCUUUGGCAGUUGCGUGUGUGUACAACUGAAAGUAAGACUUGGUCCAAAAAUGCUGCUUUUGAGACUGCUUCUGCUGUCCUGAAAUAUCUGACAGGACAAGCACAGGGACCAAAGAGAACAACCGGCCUAAUUAAAUCUAUACAGGCAGCACUAUGUUCUGUUCAUCCUCCCUGACUCCAGCUCUGGCCUCGCCCUGCUCCCUCCUGACUCCAGUGUUUGUGUUGCGAAGCUGAAU